AAAAUAAUUUAUCAAUGUAUCAGCUCAGCUAGAUUUUAAAUGGUUAGGACAAGGUCAAUAGUUCGAGGAGGACGGAGUGGAUUUCAGAGUGGACAUGGAUGGCAUCAGGAAAGUUCACUACGAAGCCCAUCUAAAGGGCGAAAACGACAGCUGACCAAUGUUGAAGAUUCACCAAGUGUUCUCACAUCCAGCGCUGCUCUGUCUCCUCUCCCCGGGCUCAGCUCAGGACAUUCCUUCUCCAGAUAUCAAUCUCAGGAUGAAAGUAGUAUACCUCUUGGUCGGAGAUCUUCUAAUAGUUCCAGGGAACAGGAACAGGAUCCGGAUCAGGACCAGGAUCAGCCGAUGGAACCAAACCAAAAUUGGGUGGAACAGGACGGAUAUCUGACUCCGGGUCAUGCUCUUCACUUAGCUCAAGUAAACCUCAACCAACAAACAGUGUCCCAGUCUACAUUGAGUGUAAGCGAACCUCCUUUGAUGACCUGCCACUCUGCUAGCCCCCUCUCUACCAUACCCUCCUUACCCCUCUCCACUAUACCCUCCUCCCUAUCCCUCACAGCAUCCAAUACCAGCUCAUACUCCCUUCCUCCAUACCUUCCCUCAACCAAUCCUCGUUCAUCUCAACACCCCUCUCUACAGAAUAGUCCACUUUUCCCAGCAGAGGGACAGCACAGUCAGGAAGCUGAACAUUUACAGCCUGGUGGAAAUGGAUUCACUGGUAAUAUUGCUCAUCAAACCUCAGGAGAAAACACAUCGCAUCAACAUUCCGUUACACAGAAUGCCACACUAGACAGUGAUAUAGUUCACGGAGUAGUACAUCAUCCUGCUCAAGGAGUUACACAUGGAGUUGGUCAUCAUCCUGGACAAGGUCCUGUUCAUGGAGUAGCAGGAGGAGGUGGUCUUCAACAGGGGGGAAUACAUCAUCAAGGUGGAACUACGGGGGAAGCUGAGGAUCUAGUUGGAAACCCUAGAGAAGAGAGAGCAGCUGAUCUAGUUAUAUUUACUACCAGAGAAUCCGGUGUACAGGCUGAUGUUGACCCUCCUAGUUCCCAGUCUGAACGGGAUACAGCUGGAGGGUUUCUACCUGAUGAUAUCAAGCAUAGUCUAGAGUGUCCAGUAUGUGCAAGGAUAGCUCUACCCCCUGUAAUGCAGUGCAGAAAUGGUCACGUGACAUGUAAUGCGUGUCGGGUUAAAGUUCAAUCCUGUCCAAUGUGUCGAGAAAUAGAUAUUGAUAUUAGAAACUUAUUCGCAGAAAAGGCAAUAACUUAUAUGAGUAUACCCUGUGAAUAUAGAAGUUUUGGAUGCAGGAUAGAAAUAAACUUCAAAGACAAAGAAAUGCAUGAACGACAGUGCAGAUUCCGUCCAUACAUUUGCCCGUACAUAGAGUGUGAUCACAAGCUAGCAGCAGACGCAGUUGUACUUCAUGUCAGUACAGCACAUAGGGAGGAAUGCAGACGAUCUGAUGGGCCAGAGAUCACAGCUAGCAUGAUAUUGAUAGGAAUGUACUUCGGUGGGGAUGGUGCGUGGUCUCCUCGUGUUAUCACUUGCUUCGGGAGAACAUUCUUUGAUGUAGCCCUUACCAGAGAUAGAUGGUUGCACCACUGGGUUUGGUUGCUAGGAGAAGAGGAAGAGUCAUCGAAUUAUCUUUACGAGAUUACAGCAUUUAAAGGAAAUACCAAAUAUGUUUACGGGAGUGAGGUAUCCUCGUUACGGACUUCAGAUGAUGAUAUCGUGUCAGAAGGAAAAUGUUUAUCUAUCAGUGAUGCCAUUGGAAGACGGUUACGUGACGGUGAUAAAAUAAGAUAUAAGUUGAAGUUGAUGAAGAAGUGAAGUUCUCCUGCUAAACUUCUACUUUCCUUACGCUCCUUCAUUUACAGUGAGAUCCAAUAUACAUAGGAAUAGUUCUUUCUUUAAAGGGACUGUAACUGUGUAAGCGUGAGUUCAAGUAACUCUUUAUGCUAAGAUGGCAAUGGCCGAUUUGAAAGCUUUGCUUGAUCAAAUAUGAAUUUAAUAUCCUUGUUUUAUUUCAAUGGUGGUUUCUAUACAAAUACGAAAUAAAGGAGAUAUUAUCAGAUAUCAACACUUUUUUAUUUAAGAUAAAAGACGUUAUCUUCCACAUUUUGAUUAGAUUAAGGUGUCAAGGGUACCUUAGUAAAUUGGGCAUUGUUUACUUUUCAUGGUGGGUCACUUGAAAUGAAGCUCACAGUCCCUUUAAACGAUGUUAAUUUCACCUUUGAACCACUGCGCAUACAAAUCAUUGGCGGCAUUUUUAAUAAAAGAAAGAGUGAAGAGGAUAAUUAUUCCACUAUUCAUUGGUUCUCACUGCACUGUGUUUAUAUUAAUAGUUCGAUGUUAUUAAUAAAUUUAUGUAAUUUUA